UGUAAGGAGCCGGUCAAAUUGAAAAUAUGAGAAGGGACAGUGAUGAACCAGAGUGAGUCUGACGCUCUGAGUGUGGUUCUCAGAUGUGAGUGACAAGUACAGCCGGAAGCUUCCGAGUCUGGACGACCUGAUUAACCAGCCGGAAGAUUCUUCGAAGAGCGCUUAGCAGAAGACGGAAGUUCCACGUGUUUAUGUUGAGCAACCUCACUGGGGGGCGGAGACUCAAAGGCCACGCCCCCUACGACAUUACCAUUCAGACUGGCUACCCAGGGGAGCCAAGCCCCGCCUAAAGGUGCCGGCCGACUGCCCUACAGGCCCCGCAGCAACAAGCAUGGCCUCUCCCGGGGCCCCCGAGCCCCGGCCGGAGUUACCGGAGCAGAACUCCGGGUACCGAGAGGUCCAGUACUGGGACCAGCGCUACCGGGACGCGGCCGACUCUGCCCCCUACGAGUGGUUCGGGGACUUCUCCUCUUUCCGUGCCCUCCUAGAGCCGGAGCUGCGGCCCGAGGACCGUAUCCUCGUGUUAGGCUGUGGAAACAGUGCCCUGAGCUACGAGCUGUACCUUGGGGGCUUCCCUGAUGUGACCAGUGUGGAUUACUCAUCAGUAGUUGUGGCCGCCAUGCGAGCUCGCUACGCUCAUGUGCCCAAGCUGCGCUGGGAGACCAUGGACAUACGGGCACUGGGCUUUCCCAAUGCUUCCUUCGAUGUGGUGCUUGAGAAGGGCACGCUGGAUGCCCUGUUGGCUGGAGAACGGGAUCCCUGGACCGUGUCCUCUGAAGGGGUCCACACUGUGGACCAGGUGCUGAGUGAGAUGGUGGAGUACCGACGGGUCACGCUGCGGGAAGACGUCGCACCCGAGACCCCCGUGGAGGGCGGAGCCGCCCUGGACGCUGUGGAGGUGGGAUUCCAGAAGAGGACAAGACACCUCUUAGGCUUGCACACCCAGCUGGAGCUGGUCUUGGCAGCGGUCUCUCUGCUGCUGGCUGCACUGCUUCUGGGCUGCGUUGUGGCCCUGGGGGUCCAGUACCACAGAGACCCUUCCCACAGCACCUGCCUCACAGAGGCCUGCAUUCGAGUGGCUGGGAAAAUCCUGGAGACCCUUGACCGCGGGGUGAGCCCCUGUGAGGACUUUUACCAGUUCUCCUGCGGAGGCUGGAUUCGGAGGAACCCCCUGCCUGACGGGCGUUCUCGCUGGAACACGUUCAAUAGCCUCUGGGACCAGAACCAAGCCAUCCUGAAGCACCUGCUCGAAAACACCACCUUCAAUUCCAGCAGCGAAGCUGAGCGGAAGACACAGCGCUUCUACCUAUCCUGCCUACAGGUGGAGCGCAUUGAGGAGCUGGGAGCCCAGCCGCUGCGAGACCUCAUUGAAAAAAUUGGUGGUUGGAAUGUUACGGGGCCCUGGGACCAAGACAACUUCAUGGAGGUGCUGAAGGCAGUAGCAGGGACCUACAGGGCCUCUCCCUUUUUCACCGUCUACAUCAGCGCUGACUCUAAGAGUUCCAACAGCAAUGUUAUACAGGUGGACCAGUCUGGGCUCUUUCUACCUUCUCGAGAUUACUACCUAAACAGGACCGCCAAUGAGAAAGUGCUUACUGCCUACCUGGACUACAUGGAAGAGCUGGGGAUGCUGCUGGGUGGACAGCCAGCCUCCACACGGGAGCAGAUGCGGAAGGUGCUGGAGCUGGAGAUACAACUGGCCAACAUCACAGUGCCCCAGGACCAGCGCCGGGACGAGGAGAAGAUCUAUCGCAAGAUGAGCAUCGCAGAGCUGCAGGCCCUGGCACCCUCCAUGGACUGGCUGGAGUUCCUGUCUUUCUUGCUGUCACCGCUGGAGCUGAGCGACUCUGAGCCUGUGGUGGUGUAUGGGACGGAUUAUUUGCAACAGGUGUCAGAGCUCAUCAACCACACGGAGCCAAGCACCCUGAACAAUUACCUGAUCUGGAACCUGGUGCAGAAGACAACCUCGAGCCUGGACCGCCGUUUUGAGUCUGCACAAGAGAAGCUGCUGCAGACCCUCUAUGGCACCAAAAAGUCCUGCAUACCAAGGUGGCAGACCUGCAUCUCCAACACGGACGAUGCCCUUGGCUUCGCUCUGGGCUCCCUCUUUGUGAAGGCCACAUUUGACCGGCAAAGCAAGGAAAUUGCAGAGGGGAUGAUUAGCGAGAUCCGAGAUGCCUUUGAGGAGGGCCUGGGACAGCUGGUUUGGAUGGAUGAGAAGACCCGCCAGGCAGCCAAAGAGAAAGCAGAUGCCAUCUAUGAUAUGAUCGGCUUCCCGGACUUCAUCCUGGAGCCUAAAGAGCUGGAUGAUGUUUAUGAUGGGUAUGAAGUCUCUGAAGAUUCCUUCUUCCAGAACAUGUUGAAUUUGUACAACUUCACUGCCAAAGUGAUGGCUGACCAGCUCCGAAAGCCUCCUGGCCGGGAACAGUGGAGCAUGACCCCCCAGACAGUGAAUGCCUACUACCUUCCAACCAAGAAUGAAAUUGUCUUCCCUGCUGGCAUCCUGCAGGCCCCCUUCUACGCCCGCAACCACCCCAAGGCCCUGAACUUUGGUGGCAUCGGUGUGGUGAUGGGCCACGAGUUGACACAUGCCUUUGAUGACCAAGGGCGUGAGUAUGACAAGGAAGGGAACCUGCGGCCAUGGUGGCAGAAUGAGUCGCUGGCAGCCUUCCAGAACCACACGGCCUGCAUGGAGGAGCAGUACAGCCAGUACCGGGUCAAUGGGGAGAAGCUCAACGGCCGCCAGACGCUGGGGGAGAACAUUGCUGAUAACGGAGGGCUUAAGGCUGCCUACAACGCUUACAAGGCGUGGCUGAGAAAGCAUGGGGAGGAGAAGCAGCUGCCAGCUGUGGGGCUCACCAACCACCAGCUCUUCUUUGUGGGAUUUGCCCAGGUGUGGUGCUCGGUCCGCACACCCGAGAGCUCUCACGAGGGGCUGGUGACCGACCCCCACAGCCCUGCCCGCUUCCGUGUGCUGGGCACUCUCUCCAACUCCCGUGACUUCCUGCGGCACUUCGGCUGCCCUGUCGGCUCCCCCAUGAACCCAGGGCAGCUGUGUGAAGUGUGGUAGACCUGGGUCCGGGGAGAAAUGGCCAGCUGUUGCUAGGGCCUGGGGCAGCUCGCCCAGCAAGGCUGUUUGCUCUGGAGUUUGGAGAAGGCACAUGCCAGCUAGACUGGGUCUAGCCCCUCCACACCACAGGUGACAUAGGUCCCAGUCCCUGCUCAGCCACCACAUUGUGCCUCUGCUUCGGGGGUGCCCCUGCCUCUAGCAGAGCCCCCACCACUCACUGUGACAUCCUUCCAUGUCACCUUGCCUGAAGGAGGCCUGGGUGGGGGGUGGGGGGGGGGCACCAGCUCCCCCAGGAAGGAGCCGGCCUUUCUAGCCCCAAGCUCCCUUGGCUUGAUGGCCAUGGGGCCUGCUGUGCUUCUUCUGGAGGCCACACAAUGCUCACUUGGGAGUGGACUUAGCUCCUUUAGCACCCCCCUCAGGGGCCGCCCUCCACCUCAUGCUCCUCAUACUGCUGCUUCCCACACUGCUGCCAACCCUCACUGACAGACCAACUGUGCUUGGCUCUUAGUGGAAGCCCGAGGGCCUCUGCAAGCCUCCCUGCUGCCUCCUGGUUCCCCUGGGCUCAGAGUGGACGUGUGUAUGUGUAGGGGAUGCUAGUUCCUGUGUCUUGGGGCACAACUCUUAGGACCAAGCCGGAAAGCAGAUAGAACAGGGAGAGGGAAGGACAGAGUUUAUUUUUACAGGGAAAAGGGUGGGGAGGGUGUGGUCUUGGCCCUGUAGGACCCUGUGCCAAUAAAUAGACACGCAUCAGUCAGCCUGUCUCUUCCUUUGGUCCUGUUUUCAUUUAUUCAUUUACUCAUUCCACCAAUGUUUAUUGAGCAACUACUAUAUGCCAGGUACUCUUGUGGACACUCAAUAACUCACUCACCAGAAACAGGGGACUGACAUUCGAAGCCCCAAGAAGAUAGAGAAAGAGAGGUGGGAUGGAAGAAUGGGAUGAAGCUAAAUCUGGUUGGGCAGAGUACAUCCUCUGCUCUCUGGUGGCCAUAUCGCCAUUGCCUGCUGUUGCACAGUUCAAAGGCUUUGCCACUGCCCUCCCCUGGUGCGUGCAACUGGGCCUGACACUGAGUUCAGGGUAACUACGGCACUAGGGUCAGCUUGAAAAGUGGGUGGCACUCACCUUGCAGUGGAGGGAAGUAUGCCAUUCCCUGGAGCUCGGAGUACCAGCCACUGCUUGCAGCUGAAAAGGCAUGCAUUUCCCUAGUACCUCAAAGGCUCAGUGCUCCUGAGAGUCACCUACAUACACUCAUCAGGGCCUAGCAAGUGCCAGGCACAGAGAUGGUGGAUACAGCUGUCACCCUCCAGAGUAAGGGAGGGAAAGAAGCAUUUAUUGAAAACCUCUUGCAUUCCAGGCACCUCUCACUCAGUCAUUUAUUAGUUUAUACAUCCACAGAUGUAUUUUAAAAAAUGUAUCAGUUACCAACAAUGUUCCAGUCCCUGGUGCUGCAGAGAUGAAUAAGAUGGUUCCUUCUCUCAAGCGACUCUCCACUUGGCACUUUCACCUUCAUGAGCUCAUCUAAU